GCAACCCACUCCAGUGUUCUUGCCUGGAGAAUCCCAGGGACGGCGGAGCCUGGUAGGCUGCCGUCUAUGGGGUCGCACAGAGUCGGACACGACUGAAGCGACUUAGCAGCAGCAGCAGCAGAGGAGGCGUCAUCCUUUUUCACUGCAGGGCCACGGCGACCAGAAGGUGGCAUCCACACCUGUCCCCGCCAGAGCAUUCGCUGUCCACCGGCCGAGCACAGGUAACGAAAAAGGGCGCGAUUGCCUGUCCCGGAGAGAGGAGGGAAGAGCUCCAUCAGGAUUGGGCGGCUCUAUUGUUUACCAAAUCGCGAGGGCUGAAAGGCAGCCGAAGGAGCACUCCCGCGGCCCGGCUGCGCAGAGACAGGAGACCACCAAAGUCGAAUUCGAACUCAAUUUCUGUGCGGCUGAUUGCGGAGCUGGUAGGACAACGAUUUCCCGGAGUGGAUUCAGGGACUGAGAUCUGCAAUCUCGCGUGGACAGAGGUCAACCUACCUCGGAAUCCAGCUUUCUAACUCAAGCUCUUGUUGUGAAAUAAAGACCCUACUGAGAUACAAGGAAGAUGGAGCCCAGGAACGUUGCUUUGGGGAUUUCUCCUGCAGAUUAGGCUUUUCUAGAAAGGCUGAGCAUUUUGUUACAUUCAUAUAGAUGAUCAUUGUCAGUCAUGGCCAGCAUCAUUGCACGUGUGGGUAACAACUGGCAGCAGAAUACAGCCUUGCCACCCUGGGCCCAUUCCAUGUUGAGGUCCCUGAGGGGGAAGGGGAGUCUUGGUCCUUCAAGGGUCAACAUGGCAGAAGGAAAGAUGAAAUUGUUCUCCGGGAGGGUGGUGCCAGCCCAGGAGGAAGAAACCUUUGAAAACUGGCUGAUACAAGUCAGUGGGGCCCUGCCAGAUUGGAAUAUGUCUGAAUAGGAAAAGCUCAAGCGCUUGAUGAAAACCCUGAGGGGCCCCACAUGGGAGGUGAUGCGUUUACUGCAGACAGCCAACCCCAACCUCAGUGUGGCAAAUUUCUUGUGUGCCAUGAAGUUGGUUGGGGAUUCUGAAAGCAGAGUCACUGCCCAUGGCAAAUUUUUUAACACCUUGCAGGCACAAGGGGAGAAAGCCUCCCUUUGUGUAAUCCGUUUAGAGGUGCAGCUCCAGAACGCUAUUCAGGCUGGGAUAAUAGCUGAGAAAGAUGCAAAUCAGACACGCCUGCACCAGCUCCUUUUAGGGGCUGAGCUGAAUGGGGACCUGUUCUUCAGGCUGAAGAAUCUUCUCAGGAUGUAUGCAAAUGAGCAGGAGUGUCUCCCCAAUUUCCUGGAGUUAAUCAGGACGAUAAGGGAGGAAGAGGAUUGGAAUGACACUUCUAUGAAACGGAAGCGGCCCAAAAGAUCUGAGCUAAUCAUGGAGACAGCAGUAAGCCCUGUGGCAUUUCAGGGCCCCCAGGCAAUGGCCAUCAGCACUGCUGAUUGCGAUGUGAUAGAAGUAGAUGAUACCCUUAAUGACUCACAUGAGGAUGUGAUCAUGGUGGAGUCUCAGAACCCUCCACUUACAUCCAUAGGUGCCCCUCCCCUCAGGGUCAGGGCCAGACUUCAGGAUCAAAUACUGGUCAUUGAUUCCCUAAACAGUUCUCAGGCUCAAUCUCCUUCUACCAGUGGUGGUUCUGCAUAUAACAAUGAUGGUCCUGGGGAUAUACGUAGAACCAGGAAGAGAAAAUAUACUAUCCACUGUUCAUACUGUGGUGAGGAGGGCCACUCAAAGGAAACCAGUGAUAGUAAGAGCAACAAGGCCCAGGUGUUUGAGAAUCUGAUCAUCACCCUGCAAAAGCUGAUACAUACAGAGGAGACAUCAAAAGAUAUCCCAGGCAAGCACAGUGGCCUCUCUGAGCCACAGUAAUGUGCUAGACCCAGCCCUAAGUGAACCCUUAACUGUAUUCAGAGACUGCUGAUGGGGAAAACUAGGGUAGGCUGGGGGAGGCUUCUAUGUGCGUGAAUUAAUCCACAAAGUGGCUUUCUUUGGGGAAGAAGAGAUUGUAGAUACCAGCAAAAUGAAGAAGACAGCCUGACCUCUGUCCCUGCUUCUCCCUCCAUCUGCCUAAGGGUCUAUGUGUGUGUCUAUUUCCUUGAUGAUUGUGUUCCUUUUGUGAAAGGAGUACAAGUUAUUGUUAAACUUUCAGAGACCGAAGGAAACUACAAAAACUGAAGUGCAAAUUACCUGAAACUCCCCACCCUUGCAUAACCAUUGUCAGUCCUUGGAUGAAUGGGUUUCUAGAUAUCUCCCUAUUCCUGUGUACCAAGAUAGAUAUUAUAUACAGAUAAAAGUGAUCAAAUAUAAGUGUUAUUCUAUGCUGUGUAUUUUUUCACCAAACAAUAUAUGUUGUGGACUUUUAUGUCAAUUCAUAAGCA